AUGUCCCCAUCUCUCCCGUUUCUCCGUCUCCCUUACCUCCCUAUGAAACAACUUCUAGACCAUAUGGAUUUCCAGGACAUAGUCAAUUUAUCCGUGUGUAGCGAGAAAACGCGUGUGGUCAUACUAUCUACCAAGAAAUUUGCGACGAUGAAGAGUAUUCUGGAGAAAAAGCAGAACAAAAGAGAAACUGUUAUGGAUGUACUCCGCCUCCUCCGUCUAUACCUCUCCACCCGGAAAUUUGUUGAUGAAGUUGUAUGUGAUGUUCAGAUCACUAAUUUUAAAUUGAAUAUAAUUAUUAGUUUUCCAAAAACGUCUGAAAUCAGCACGGAAUUGUUAAAAAGAAAAGAAGAAUUCCCGAAUUGGUACUUCUCGAAGAAUCACUGCCUGGAAGUGACUUCUACCAUGUUAAUUGACCUAAUUAACUAUUUCAAAAUGACACUGAAACUGCAAAUCAAUCGAUUAUCGAUUGAUUUGAAAGACCGAUGGUUUUUUCAAGAGAAUAGCUUGAAAGUGUUUGCCAAUUGGAUGUCAUCCAGCUCUACAGUUGUCAAAGAACUCAAUUUUGAAUCCGAGAAAUUAGAUGACAAGUAUUUGAGCCAAAUACUAUACCAUAUUGAUGCCUGGGACACUUUCAAUAUAGAUAUCAAGACAAGUUUUCAAUUUGAAUGCCUCCGAUACUUCAAAUCUGAAAAUUUCGAGCUGAAAUCUGGUGGAUGGUUCACUUUUUAUAAUUUACAACUCGUCGACUGUGCUCAAAUCAAAAUAAUGGAUUCCCAGUUGACUAAUUGCAAUAUGAAAGAUUAUUUGAAGCAAUGGAUUGAUGGGAAUUUUGAUGAAUUGAGACAUUUGGAUGUGGAGAUGAGAGAAUUGACAGAUGAAGAGUAUUUACUCGAUGGAAUGUCCCCCGGCUCCUUUACCCGUGAAAAGAACAGUAUCGCAUUCAAGAGAUCAGAUGGGAAGACUGCAAUUAUGGAAUCGUCUCCUGAAGUGAUGACUAAUUGGUUUAAAAUUAGUGUUUAUUAA